AUGCCAUUAGUCGUAAAUGAAAUCUCGGAUUACGCUUCAGAACACGGAAUGGAACUAAAUUAUAAGAAAUGCAAACAGAUGUUUAUCAACUUUCUUAAAUAUAAAGGAUCUGAUGAUGAAAACCCGAUCGAUGAUGAAAAUCCGAUCCAUGUUGCAGGUAAACCGGUGGAAACUGUGUCCUCUUUCAAGCUCCUAGGUGUAUGGAUAUCAAACGACUUGUCAUGGAAUACUCACGUUGACAUGGUAUUGAAAAAGGCAAAUUCUCGCUUAUACGCACUGCGUCUGUUUAAAAAAGGCUGGUCUUCAAGCAUCACACAUUGUACAAAUAUAUAUCUCAUUCAUUAGAUGCAUCCCCUGUGUGGUCGUCAAUACCUAAAUCAUUAUCUGACAUUCUCGAAUCUGUUCAAAAGAGAGCUUUGAUAAUAGCUUACCCAGAUCUGUUAUAUGAUGAAGCCCUGGCAAUUUCAAACUUACAGUAUUUGAGUACUCGUAGAGACAUCUCUUGCAAGAAAUUCGUCGAAUCUUUGCGACGUGAUGUUUCACCUUACAACCCUUUGACCAAAAUUAUGGAAAUUCGUCCCGGGGUAAAAACUCACGAUUAUGACUUAAGGAAUGACAGAACGGUCGAACAAUUUUUAUGGCCAGAAAUCACUGAACGGCUAAAGAACUUCGUGACUAGGAAAUAUUAUUAG